UUCACAGGUAUGGUCUGCCAUCACGGCUAGACAGAUUGGGUCUGACAUCACAGCUACAAGCACUGACUUAACUGAAUCCUCGGUCUCUGCCAGAGAACCGUAGUCUAGCCCUGGCCUAGCAGCCGAACAGAGUGUGAAAGGCGUCACCAUGUCGGCUUUAUCCUCUUAUUCUCAGACCUAACAUCCCCUGACACAACAAUGUCCUCUGUGUGACACACUCACAGAGAUAAAGACACAUGCACGCAGACUCACAUAUACUGUGCGAAAUGGAUGUUAGAGGGCAAGUACAUGCGAGACACAUUUUAGGUUGAAUUUCACUGUAGUUGGUGUGAAUGGUCUGACAACCCCAGUGUGGUUGUAUUAUUUCCCUGAUCACUACGACAGCAUACUGUAAGGGGGGGUGCGUGAAUACAGUACAGACAACAGUAUUGAGAGUAUACCUGACCCUGUCAAAGCUACCCUGGGUAAGCUCAUUAACACAAUAACAAAGGGUGCUGGGUGUGCAGGGUUGAUAGGGAUUAGGGCUAAGAUGUUAUUGGCCCAAAGACACCCCUGCCCCCAUUCUCUUUUCUCUCCUCUGCGUUUACCUCCUCUCCGCUCCCACUCCAGCACUGGACUUCCAAACGCACACUUAUACGCACCGUGCAUCCAGCACUAUGAAGACUGUCCUGGCUCUGCUGAUGUUGGUAUGCCUGGCCUGCCACAGUCACGCACUGAAGUGUCACUCAUGCGUAGCGUCCAAUGAGGAUGAUUGUACUAAACAAGGAUCAACCACCUGCCCUCAAUUCGCUGACGCCUGCUCCACCAUCAUAGCACAGAACACGGUGAUGAAGUCAUGCUCCUACAAAGCAUUCUGUGAUAAGGCACACAGUGGCAACUCUGGAGCCAAGAUGGAGUGUUGUUUCACUGAUGACUGCAAUGGGCCUCAUAAGGGCCACCAGCACGGGGAACACAAAAACACAGCUGGAGCCCUGGGAGCCAGCCCUGCUCUGCUACUUGGGGCUCUGAUGCUCCGCAUGGCCCUCAGCAGGUUCUAAACUCCUGAUCAUAAAUACACUCAUCCCUUUACUAUCCAUCUAUUCAUUAUUUUAUACAGUCCUACCACGAAACCAUUUAUCCAUCCAUCCCCUCGGAGUGUGCCUACAGAAUGCUGAUGAGCCAGGGUUUGGUGAAUCAUACAGGGAUUAGUAAGAUUAUGUGUGAUGCCUGUGGUGGUGGGGGGGUGGGGGGGUUCAUAAAAGCACAUUCAAUCAAGUUUAAAGACAGAUGGAACUGAUGUAUCACUCCACAUGACUCAGCUCUGUCACAGUUGUGUGUCCGUAACCAGUCAUAUGUACAAACUGAGGUGUUUGAUAUGAUCAGAGAGAGGAUGGAACUCCUGUAGUGUCAGUAGACUCUGGGUGGAUGUGAGCCAGGCUGGGGUUAGAACUUUAGAUGUAUAUACUAAGUUUAUACCUGGGACAGAUCUAAAAUGUCACCCAUGGUAGCCUGUGUGUAUGUAUGAUACUGUUGGUUAGUGCUGGGCUCCCAGUAGGCCUAGUGUUAGGCUCGUUCCCACAGUGACCACAUACGCUAGGGCACUCUUCAGCCUUCAGACUCCAAUCAUCAUGAAUUAAACAGGAACUCAACACUGAGAGACAUGUUGGUACUUGUUGGUCCAUUGUUAAUAUUGUUAUGCUUCAAUACUUAUUUAUAAAUAAACAUGCUAU